GUGUUUCCUUCCAUUAAUUAAAAGUGCCAUACCGAUAGGAUCAAUAAAAUAAACUCGCCCGCCCUUCAAAAACUCUUUUAUUUGAUGGAUUCUUUUCCUUCUCGAUCGCUUUCUCCUCCUUCGCUUCUUCAUCGAAAGCGGAAGAGGACGAGCGGCGAGAGCGGUGCAGAGUGCCAAGCCAAGCGAGCUCGAAUCAGCGAGUUGCCGGAUCACUUGCUGGCCUGCAUCCUGGAGCGAACCGAUGUGAGGACGGCGGCGGCGACGAGCUUGCUGUCAAGGCGGUGGAGGUGCGUCUGGAAGUCGCUCGUAGACUUCAAGUUCGUUAAGGAGCCGAUCCUCGGCCGCCGGGCGGGGCCGCCGUCCUCUGCAGAGUCUCGACGAGACCCGGCAAUCAGGCGGCAUCGUGUCUUCACGAAAUGCGUCAGCGGUUUUCUGGGAUUGAAGGAUGGCCCUCCGACGAUCAGGAAACUCUCUCUUGAAUUUUCACCUGGGAAGAAAGAUUUAGCGAUGCUCGAUGGAUGGAUAUGCUCUGCACUCGAGAGGGGUGUUUGCGAACUCGAGCUCGAGCUCUCUCCUGGCAUGCUCGUGGAUUAUGUUUUCCCUCCCCAGUCCUUGAACAGCGGCGGAUACUCGCUCACCAAGUUAAAACUCUGCAAGCGCUCAUUAAGCAACCACGCUGGUUUUAGCAUGUUUGGCUCUUUAUCGAGCCUUUCUUUAGAAGAUAUGCGCAUUUCUAAAGAUGAUAUGCAAGGUGUGCUCCAGAAUUGCAGGCGCCUAAAGAGCUUAUACCUUGCUAGCUGUUCGUUUAGCGGCGCUGAUUUAAGUAUAGCCUCUCCAGAUUUGCAGCUCAAGGAGUUGGCAAUAGUCUAUUGUGCGGCAAUCCGGCGCAUAGAACUCUCUGCUCCUAGGUUGGAACGGCUGCAUUACCUGGGGCAAUACACACCAAUGCUGUUUACAUAUGUUCCUCAUCUGGAUCAUGUUUGGCUAAAGUACACUGAUCUCGCUGGUACCAACUACAUUUUGCGAAAGCUUUCAACUGAUCUCCCACGCUCUAGAAGUCUAAAUCUAGAUUUUCGGAGUUACAAGGAUGUGGAAGUACCUUGCCCUCCUGCCUGCUUUGGCAACCUCAAGAGUUUGACGGUCAAUGUUGAUAUAAAUUCUAAGAAGGAUCUUCUUUGGAUGGCUAUACUGUUGGAGGCUGCGCCAUUCCUGGAGACCCUUCAAACAUGCGUUAAGGCUUAUUCUGACUAUUAUAGUAGGUUCACGGCGAUACCAUGGAAGCCUUCUGAUUUUGUGCACCGUCAUUUGGAGGAGGUGAAGAUGUAUAAUUUCGAAGGGAAUUGUGGCGAGAUGGCCUUUGCUCGGCUGUUGUUGGCGAAAGCUGUAGAUCUCAGGUCGAUAACAUUUACUCGUAAUUAUCUGUUUGCUUUGCCUGGGUGGAAAUUGGAUCAUACAGAAUAUUCUCAACAGUGGACGGAACAGCAGACUUCUGUUCUUUUAAAGCAGCUUACGGAAGGAAUCUCUACGAGUGCUCGUCUGGUUUUCCGUUAGUGUGAUCGGCCAUUAGGGGACAAAAGCAAUAACUCUUUAUUUAUUUAUUUAUACAUAUAUUAGGUGUGAGGCAGUAACUAUUUAUUUAUUUAUGCAUAAACCUGUUUGCCUA